AUGUCGUCAAGUUCGUCAGGAAAGCCACCUCGGGUGCUUGCUUGUGUUUUAUGUCAAAGUAGAAAGAUCAAAUGUGACCGCAAAACUCCCUGUUCUAACUGCAUCAAGGCCAACGUCGCAUGCACACCAAGCACGCCGGCGCCCGCUCGUAAGAGGAGGAGGCCAAACCAAGAUUUGCAGCAGAGGCUAGCGCGUUGCGAGGAAUUACUUUCCGAAUAUGCUACUGCGAAACCUGCUGUCCCGUCAUCCGCCGACUCGCCUAACCAUGAUGAGGUUUGGAAACCCCGCGGUGGAAAGCUUAUAGUAGACGACGGCGGUGUCAAGUUCAUAGAUAGUUACUUGUGGGCUAACAUCCACAGCGAACUCUCGGCAAUGCGCGAGAUACUCGAGGAUGAGGACACAGUAGACGACCCUUGCACUCCCGCAGACUCGCAAGCCUCCGAUCUCAAUGCAGGUCUAAUAUUAUCAGAUACUUCCGAGGCGAAUCUGGAAGAGCUUCAUCCCCAACCGGCUCAUGUGUUUCGGUUGUGGCAGAUUUUCCUCGAAAGAGUUAACCCAUUAACCAAAGUGAUACACGUGCCCACCGUCCAGCCCCUGCUCGUCGAAGCGGCGACGAGUAGGGAAAAUGUACCUAAGAAUGUCGAGGCGCUGCUGUUCUCCAUCUAUCUAAUGGCCACCGUAUCCCUAACCGACGACGAGUGCGUAGAGAGAUUUGGAUUCACCAAAGCAGAAGCUUAUAAUCGUUUCUCCAAGGGCUGUCGCUCCGCUUUGAUGCGCAUCGGCAUACUGACGAACUACGACCUUGUUGUCCUACAAGCUUUGGUACUAUACUUGUUCUCUCUUCAAGGUCGAUACGACCGCCACGCGGCGUGGAUUCUGAAUGGUGUGAUUGUAAGGAUUGCACAGAAGAUGGGCCUUCAUAGAGACGGCGAGUUUCUUGGGCUACCGCCGUUCGAGACCGAAAUGCGAAGGCGAAUCUGGUGGCGGAUUCUUUUGCUUGACGCGAUGUACGCGCUCAUGUCUGGCCUUGGUCAUUCUCUCCUCCCGCGCUCAUGGGAUACCAAACCACCUCUAAACAUCAACGACUCCGACCUUUAUCCCAACAUGACGACUAUACAACCUAGAGAUACGCCGACGGACAUGAUCUUCUGCCUGAUAUGCAGCGAGAUUGCCACCGUCAUGGUCGAUACGCCCGAGAUUCAUCUGGUCAUCUUACAGAACGAGAUGGGAUUAGAAACAUAUGACCCUGAGAAGAUUGAAAAGGCGUACAAGCGUCUCGAGCAGCUGGAUAGGGACAUGACAGCUAUUCUGACUAAGUACAGCGACUUUUCCAUGGGUCCGGUCCACGUACUAGCAACGGAGUGCAAGAGGUCAAUGAUAGAAAAGCUGCGCGAACUCAUCAGUCCGAUGGUAACCCAGCCAGAAUGGGGCAACGAGGUUCUAACACCUAAGGAUUAUUUAUUCAAGAUGUCCGUCACGGCAGGAGAACAAAAUCUAAAGAUGUACGAGUUAUCGGCAACGAGAGGGGUUUUCCUAUGGUUUAUGAUGUCACAUUUUCAGCUUGAACUUUUCAUAUACAUGGUUGGGCAAUUGCGCUGGCGUACGACUGGAAAAUUGGUAGACAGGGCGUGGGAAUCCGUCGGCCUCGUUUAUCGAUUUCACACGGAAUUGUGGGAUCUCUCGGCGAAGGCACACUUAUCCGCCGCUAUCUUCACGAUCCGGGCUUGGAAAGUACGGGAAAAGGCGUUGCAAGAGGCCACGGGCGUUGUUCCGGAAACGCCUGACUACGUUUUGAAGCUUCAGAGAAUCUUGCCAGCGGAAGAUGUCAAGCACACGCACCCUAGCGAGUCGUCCGGCUUGAUGAGUAUUAGUAACACGCCGGCCGGGUCCCAAGCCGGCAUGGCACAAGCCGGAGUAGAUGUUGCCUGGGAUCAGAUGCUUGGUUUUGUUGACGCAGGAACCAUCGACUGGAGCGAUAUGUUCGCGACACCUAACGGCGGACAAGCACAGGCGACCUACGGGGGCUAUGGAGGAGUAUUUGGCGGAAACGGGAUCAAUUGGAUGUAG